AUGCAGUUCAACGCUAUCGCUCUCUGCCUCGGUCUGGCUGGUCUGGCCCAGGCACACAUGGAGAUGAUCUACCCUCCCCCCUUCAAGUCCAAGGCCAACACCAACGCUGGUAGCGACGUCGACUACAGCAUGACCGCUCCUCUUGAGGCCAGCGGCGCCAACUUCCCCUGCAAGGGUUACCACUCUCUCUUCGGUACCGCGCAGGGUGCUUCGGUUGCUAACUGGGCAGCUGGUGAUUCCUACAACAUGAGCAUCACCGGCGGUGCUAACCACGGUGGUGGCAGUUGCCAGGCCUCUCUCUCCUUCGAUAAGGGUGAGUCUUGGCAGGUCAUCCACUCCUACGUCGGCAACUGCCCCGGCGCUGGUACUACCACCUUCGACUUCAAGGUUCCCAGUGACGCUCCAUCCGGCGAGGCCAUCUUCGCCUGGACCUGGUUCAACCAGAUUGGUAACCGUGAGAUGUACAUGAACUGUGCCGCCGUCACCAUUGGUGGAGGCGCCGGUAAGCGUGCAUCUGCCAUGAGCAACCGCCCUGAGAUGUUCGUCGCCAACGUUGGCAACGGCUGCACCACCGAGGAGGCUUCCGAUCUUGAGUUCCCCGACCCCGGUCCCGAUGUUAGCAACGACUCCAAGAAGACUGCUGGUCCCAAGGGCACUUGUGCCAAGGCCGGUUCCGGUGGCGGUUCUUCCGGUGGUGGUUCCGGUGCUGCUCCCAGUACUCCUGCUGAUGGCUCUGCCGGUGGUAACGACGGAUCUGGCUCUGGUGAUGGCUCUGGAGCUGCUCCUUCCACCCCUGCUGCCCCUGUCGAGACCCAGCCCGCUGCUCAACCCUCAGCUCCCGCUGGUGGCGCUCCCGGAGGUGUCUUCAUCACUGUUUCUCAGCCCGCCGAGGCUACCGCUGCCCCCGCUGCUCCUUCAGCCCCUGCCAACGAUGGUGGUGCCGACAGCAGCACCCUGAUCACCGUGACCAAGCCUGCUCAGCCUGCCCCUACUAACGUCGGCAGCCCUGAGCCUGUUCCUACUACUCCCACCGCACCUGCUGCUCCCGCUACUCCCGACACUGGUGCUGGUGCUGGCUCUGGUGGUUCAGGUUCAGGUUCAGAGGAGACAGCCGGCUCUGCUUGCACCGACGAAGGCCAGUGGAACUGUAUCGGCGGAUCCAAGUACCAACGCUGUGCUUCCGGCCGCUGGUCUGUUGUUCAGUCUAUGGCCGCUGGCACUACCUGCUCUGGCAACAAGGCCUCGGCUAUGGCCUUUGGAUUCGGCCGCAAGCUCCGAGCUCGCUGGAUUUAA